GACCUCUGGCGGGGCCUGCGGCACGACCCCUCGGAGCACUGGCGGCUGCAGUCGCGCCUGACGGCCGGCCUGGCGAGCGCGCGCGAGGGCGCCGCGCUGCACGAGUGGGGCGUCCGCGUCGAGAGGGACCCGCUGAGGGUGCGCUGCGGGGAGCUGGAGCACGAGCCGGUCUACUUCAGCAGGCGCGCGGAGGACCGGACUACUUCCGCAGGGCCGCGCUGCCGCCCGCAGAGCUCGAGGUGCCCACAUCCAGGAAGGGCUUCGACCGCAAGCCGGGGCCCGAGGUGUGGACCUCUCCUGGCGCACGCCUCGUGCUCGACCGCUGGCUGGUCUUCUGCUCGGACUGCCCGGAGGAGCGGCAGGUCGUGGACACGUUCGUGCAGGAGCUCGAGCCCCUGGUCGGCGAGGUCCUCGAGGCCGACACGCUUGCGGGUCGCAUCUUCAUCGCGCCGCCCACCGUCGUGGAGGUGCGCGCGGACGCGGCGGAGGAGUGGGUGGAGUUCCUCCGGGCCUACCGGCCGCCCUGGCCCGCCCAGAGCACGAAGAUGGCCAUGGUGGUCAUCCCGAGCCAGGUCCGCCGCCGCGACCAGUACUACUACCAGCUCAAGAACCUCCUCAACUUCAGCCCGGCCUUCUGCUGGCGGUCGCAGAUGGUGCUCAGCGCCACGCUGCGGCGGCCGAGCCAGCGGCAGCACGUCUGGAGGAACAUCCUGCAGCAGAUGCUCGUGAAGCACGGCGCCUGGCUCUGGGUCUUCUCCCCGCUGCCCUACCGCGGCCGCUGCGCCAUGGUUGUGGGCAUCGACGCGUGCCGGCAGUCGAAGGACUCGAGACCCCUCGAUCCUGACGCUGUGCGCGUCGCGGAACCCGUACUUCACCUCCUACUACACCACCUGGCGCGCGCAGGAGGCCGACAGGGCGAGCGACCACCUCGUGCCCCCAGGCGACCUGCUCAAGGACGGGCCGUGCUGUGCUUCUUCAGAGAGACGAAGCGGCUUCCGGACCCGAUACGCUGGUGGUCUACCGCGGCGGAGUGA